AUUGCCAACAUGACAAAGGAAAAUGCUGCUGUGUUGUAACUUGCUCCGUCAGUCUCCCACAAGCUGCUGUUCUCAGGUUUACCUCCCUGGGUUGGGCUUCUGAAGACAAUUCCUUUAUGCUACUAAGUAGAAAGCACUAGUAGCUAAAGAAAAAGUGAUACUUUAAAGUUAACUAUUAAACAGAUCCAAACGAGCUCAAGCUCGUUGGAGUGAGGUAACUUGGGCUGCUGAAGCAGAAGGAGCUCCAGAGUGAAGAACAGGCAUGGGGAUACUUUAUUCAGAGCCCAUCUGUCAGGCAGCUUAUAGCAACGAUUUCAAUAAAGUUCAUCUCCUUUUGGAGGGCAACAGCAACUAUCUGAAUGUCCAGGACAGCUUCAGUGGAGACACCCCCUUAAUUUGUGCAUGUAGACAAGGAAACAACAGGAUAGUUAACUAUCUUCUUAGAAAACAUGCUGAUGUCAACCUCAGAAAUAAGAAGGAGCGCACCUGCCUCCACUACGCUGUGAGGAAACGCUUCACCUUCCUUGACUAUGUGCUCAUCAUCAUCCUCAUGCCAGUUAUGCUCAUUGGGUACCUGCUCAUGGUCUCAAAGACAAAGCAGAAUGAACACCUGGUCAAGAUGUUGCUUAGAGCUGGAGUCGAUGUGAAUGCUGCAGACUCUUCUGGCAGCACAGCCCUUCACUAUGCUUGUGAGAUGAAAAACCAGGCAGUCAUUCCUCUACUGCUUGAAGCUCAUGCAGACACUUCUGUAAAGAACCAGGAUGGAGAGACUCCUUUAGAUAUAGCAAGAAGAUUACAGUUCCACAACAUUGAGAGCAUGAUAAGAAAAGAUUCCUAACCAUCAAGGACUCUCAAACAUGCAGAAAAUUACCUCAUCUGACAAUCCACCUUUCACAACAGCAGAAGUCCUGCAGAGGAUGAAGGCUGAUACUUGAAAAAGACUUAGUCCACAUCCAUCCAUUCCUUGUGCAGACUGGGACAAUUUUGUGUGAGAUUUGUCAGUACCCCAGGGCCAUGAGUGGGCUGAAAGAAGUUCAUUUUAUUUUACUAAGCCAUGAGUUACUACAAUAGUGUUCAAAAUAUUGUCCUUCCCAUCUGCUUCAUCAGUUUUAUUACUUGACUUCUGCAGACUGUGGAUUUUGAAGGCUAGCUAUAAAAUAUCUGGAAGCCUAAACAUUGCAUAUGAUGGUUGGCAGCCAAUGCAAAAAUAAAAUAUCCUUUAGGGUGUGUGUUACUUGUUCCACAGGGGAACUAAACAAUGUGUUACAGUAGUUAUAAAAGGUCUGGUGCUCUUCUUGGUAUUUCUCCUCCUACAAUGGGAGGGGCUGGCAAAACAAAUCUCUCAGUUGAGCCCUUCCUCCUUCCAUCCUCCCUACAAUUUUCACACACCUUAAUUCUCACUGUGUUGCUACAAGGGUAGGACUGACUAUCUUCUCUUUUUUCACCUAAGAAACAGCAAAAAGAGAUUCAAUGCCUUGCUGGAGACCAUAAAGAAAGUCAGUUCCCAGAUCACUUUAAUACAUUAAGAAAUAGUAAAGAAAAUAUGUUUGGCUGAGUAGAGAAACAGGUCUCUUGACUACCUUUCCAAUAUAAACAGUGUACUAAAGAAAAAAGAUUCAAUAAAUGAAAUGCUGUUGAUGGAAACCAGAUGUAUCAUUCCCAUGGGACUAGACAGGGUAGCAUGCUGUACAGAGUGGUGCAUGCAGCAGGGGAUAAUACCAAUCAUAAUAAUAAUAUAUCCACGGGUCUUCUCUUGCCUAGGCGAAGGCAAAAGAAAACCUGCAGUAAAAAGCAAUGUAUUAAAGGGGCCCAGUGUUUUGUGAUUUAAUAAUGCAGCAAUAAAAGAGAAACUCCUUCCAUA